AUGCGAGCGUACAAUUGAUAGUUUCUUUUCGAUAUGGUCAGCCGGUUUUUGCAUGGUCGAUAGUGCCAUCGAUAAUUUUCCAGCUCUACUACAAAACAGCAUGAACCAUGGCAAAACAGUGCCAAAACGAUUUAUAUGGUCGUUAUCGCAUAAUAUGAGUUUGACAAUAUUUUUAAAAUGUUCUUGUUAAGACAAUCAGUGAAGACUUCGGUUAAAUUUAAUUUUAAGAACUACUUACGCUUUUGUGUAUCUGAUCCCUCACGGCAGAGUCCAGACGCUAGACUGUAUGAAAAUAUAGUUAGUCAACGCCAGAAUGAAUGGAAGUUUGCACAGGAAAGGUAUUCAAAGCACCCGCUCAUUGUGUACAGCACGAAGUUGGAAGAACAGGUAGAGUUCAUGAGUUAUCGCCGACUGCGGUCAUAUAUGCAUAAGGAGGAAUUGAAGGAGAAACGCAAGUUGCGCGCACUUCAAAAGAAGCCAUUAUUUUCUGAACCUCCUUUCAAUGGUAUGGAGCAUGAUGAAAGUAAUAAUUUUCCAAUUGAUUGGAUGGAGGAUUUUGAGUUCUACGAGGGUAAUAAAGACACAAAUCAUUCCCCUUAUGGUACUGCGGAUCCAAGAAUAUCGCCUUCAGAUGUGCCUUGUAGUGGAUGUGGAGCACACUUGCAUUGUACACAAACUACUUUACCAGGCUUUAUUCCUGUCGAGAUAUUUAAAGGUCGGUCGAAAAAAGAACUUCAAACCAUAAUAUGUCAACGUUGCCACUUCCUAAAGUCCUAUAACAUUGCUUUAGAUAUAGAAAUUAACGCCGACUCAUACGUUGAAACGAUAUCUCGCAUAAAAGAUGAGCAUGCGCUAGCAAUAGUAAUCGUUGAUCUUUUGGACUUUCCAUGUUCAAUUUGGCCAGGUUUACGGGACGUCCUUGGACACAAACGACCUUUAUUUGUAGUGGGAAAUAAAGUUGAUUUGCUGCCCCGUGAUCAUAAUAAUUACCUUAACCAUGUUAAAGACUGUCUGAAAGAUCAAAUGUUGCAGUGCGGAUUCGAUACACUCAACAUAAAACAGAUUUGCUUAAUUUCCGCUAAAACAGGCUAUGGAAUAGAGGAACUAAUAACUCAAUUGCACAAGAUUUGGGCCUACAAAGGAGAUGUUUAUUUAGUAGGCUGCACGAAUGUUGGGAAGAGCUCGCUUUUUAAUAUCCUUUUAAACUCUGAUUACUGCCGUCCUGAAGCCACUGAUUUAGUACGUAGAGCAACUACUUGCCCCUGGCCUGGGACUACUCUUCAGAUGCUAAAAUUUCCUAUAUAUCGACCGUCGGAAAUACGAGUUUAUCAACGCUUUCGUCGCUUAUCUUCUGAACGCGAGCAGAAACGCGCAGAAAAUUCACUCCGUCGCCACCAAGCGCAGAAAACCGGUGAUACAAAAUCAGCUCGUCUUGAGGGUGUGGUUGGACGGACUUUCGUAAAUAACGUAGAUACAUCUGAUGCAUUUGCUAUGAGUUCUGGAACAAAGCCAAUUGUUACAUUGAAUGAAAAAGACCGGUUAUAUCGUGAGGCUAAGUGGUGUUAUGACACCCCUGGAGUUAUCCACCCUGAGCAGUUUACAGACAUACUCACGCCGAAAGAGCUGCAAAUAUUAACACCCACUGACAUGAUCGUACCACGAGGUGUACGACUAAAACCUGGCAUGAGUAUUUUUCUGGCGGGAUUGGCCCGUUUGGAUUUUAUAGAAUGUAAAUAUGUUGAUAUUGACUGGGUAAAAGUAAUUGUAUUCAGUUCUCUACAACUUCCUCUGGUCGUUACUCAGACGGAAAAUGCUGCAAAAACAUACCAAGAAUACCUCGGAACUGAAGUUCUUGGUUUGCCUUUUGGGGAUAAGGCACGUUUAACACGUUGGUGCGGAUUACAGAGCUCUAAAGAAAUUAUUCAGCUUGUAGGCAAAUACCAGGACGCUAUAAGCUCUGAUAUAGUUCUCUCAUCAGCAGGAUGGGUUGGACUGAGAGUACCAUAUGCUAGUGAAUGUGUGUUCAAAGCGUGGACGCCGCGUGCUCUUGGUAUUUAUGUUCGUUCCCCACCAUUGAUUCCGUAUGCAGAACGUCUAUUGGGUAAACGAAUACGAAAUUCUUUGGCAUAUAAUUUAGGAAAAUCUUUUAUUNUAAACCUUUGUGUUUUCACUUAUUGA